AUGGAUUCAGAAAAGAUUGUUGCUAUUAUCCUUGCCAUUUUCUUACCACCAUUGGCCGUUUUCAUGAAGGAUGGUUUGGGACCUUCCUUUUGGUUGAAUUGUUUGCUCUGUAUCUUUGUUUGGUUCCCAGGUAUUUUACACGCCUUAUACGUUGUUCUUAAAGAUUGA